CCUCAGGACUUACUCCCUCUCGAGAACGUGCCGCGAUCGGCAACCGAUUUCCAGAAUAGUUCCUGAAAACACGCCGGCCUGCACGCGUCGCCAGCGAGAGAGGAUCUCGUGGAUAUCGGCGGUGGAUCUCGAUCAUCCCUCGGAACCCUUGGGAAAUCGACGUCGCGAAAUGAAGAGCGCUCGUUGAUUCGGAUUUAGAGCACUGUUCAUCCUGAUUAGAGACGAGAUUCGAGUCAUGUGGUCAGGACUUGGAACGCUGGGAGUCCUGCUGGCGCUGAGUUUGCACGCGAGGGCCGAUCCCUACAACUAUAUCCAGAGUCAGUAUAGGCAGAGCACCGACAAUGGGUUCGCGUGCACGAAGGAAGGAUAUUAUCCCAAUCCUCGCGACUGUAGGGUCUACUACAGAUGCGUCGAUUGGGGCAACGGCAGUCCGUUGACCACCUUCAGGUUUGAGUGCGGAGUCGGCACGGUGUUCUCCAAGGCCAGGGGCGACAUUUGCACCCACCCGAAUGAUAGCGGAAGACCGGAGUGCGGCGGGAACGAGAACGAAAUCGACUCGAACGUCCCUAAUUCGCAGGAAACAUCAUCGACGCAAUGGACGUCGGCGCCGGUUGUGACCACUACGAUAACAACUACGCCACCCACGACUACUAGUCAAAGUACCACGACGACGACAACUAGACGACCGUCUACAACUUUAUCGACUACCAGAAGUCCAGCUACUACUACUAGAGGACCGUCGACGACCAAUCGACCAGCCGAAGAUCCCGCAGGAAGCGGCACAGGCAGUCCUCGAUGCACGCAAGAGGGAUUCCUGUCGGAUCCAAACGAUUGUAGAAAGUUUUACAGAUGCGUCGACGAGGGGUCCGGCAAAUUUAUUAAGUAUGAGUUCACAUGCGGGGCUGGAACUGUCUGGGAUCCGGAGAUUCAAGGGUGUAAUCAUGCUUGGGCGGUAACACGGGAAGAUUGUAAAGAAGCCUCGCCGGGCGCCGGCGGUGUCGAUAAUAGUGGACAAUGGAACGGAGAUAACGGUGGACAAUGGAAUGGAGAUGCGGGAGAUAAUGGCGGACAAUGGAAUGGUGAUACGGGAGAUAAUGGCGGACAAUGGAACGGUGAUACGGGCAGUCCGGGACAGCCCGGAGACCCUAAUGGUCAACCAGGACAACCUGGAGACCCUAAUGGUCAGCCUGGACAACCUGGAGACCCUAAUGGACAGCCUGGCCAACCUGGCGACCCUAAUGGCGAACCUGGAUCACCGGGGUCACCUGGAAGCCCUGGAUAUCCCGGUGAACCUGGAUACCCUGGAAGCCCUGGAUAUCCCGGUGAACCUGGAUACCCUGGAAGCCCUGGAUAUCCCGGCGAACCUGGAUAUCCUGGAAGCNCUCCGGGACAGCCCGGAGACCCUAAUGGUCAACCAGGACAACCUGGAGACCCUAAUGGUCAGCCUGGACAACCUGGAGACCCUAAUGGACAGCCUGGCCAACCUGGCGACCCUAAUGGCGAACCUGGAUCACCGGGGUCACCUGGAAGCCCUGGAUAUCCCGGUGAACCUGGAUACCCUGGAAGCCCUGGAUAUCCCGGUGAACCUGGAUACCCUGGAAGCCCUGGAUAUCCCGGCGAACCUGGAUAUCCUGGAAGCCCUGGGUCACCUGGAUCACCUGGAUCACCUGGAACUCCUGGAUCACCUGGAUCACCUGGAACUCCUGGAUCACCUGGAUCUCCUGGAUCACCUGGAUCAUCUGGUUCACCUGGUUCACCAGGUACGCCCGGAACCCCUGGAUCUCCUGGAUCACCUGGAUCACCUGGUUCACCAGGGACGCCUGGAACCCCUGGUUCUCCUGGUUCACCAGGGACGCCUGGAACACCUGGUACACCUGGCAGCCCAGGUACUCCAGGCUCACCCGGUUCGCCUGGCAAUCCUGGAAGCCCUGGUACACCAGGUAGUCCUGGCACACCUGGCACACCAGGAACUUCUGGAACCCCUGGUACUUCUGGCACCUCAGGAACACCUGGCACUCCUGGCACUCCUGGUUCUUCAGGAACCCCUGGUAGUCCUGGCACGUCUGGUUCCCCAGGAACCCCUGGCACAUCUGGCACACCUGGCACUCCCGGCAGUCCAGGUUCGCCUGGCACACCUGGAACUCCCGGCACACCAGGUUCACCUGGCACACCUGGCACACCUGGCACUCCCGGCACUCCAGGUUCUCCUGGCUCUCCUGGCACUCCUGGAACUCCUGGUAGUCCUGGUAGUCCUGGUACUCCUGGUACUCCUGGCAGUCCUGGAAGUCCUGGCAGCCCUGGCAGUCCUGGCAGUCCUGGCAGUCCUGGCAGUCCUGGCAGUCCUGGCAGCCCGGGCAGUCCUGGCAGUCCUGGAAGUCCUGGCAGUCCUGGCAGUCCUGGCAGUCCUGGCAGUCCUGGUAGCCCUGGCAGCCCUGGCAGUCCUGGUAGCCCUGGCAGCCCUGGCAGUCCUGGUAGCCCUGGCAGUCCUGGUAGUCCUGGUACUCCUGGUUCCCCUGGCACUCCUGGUUCCCCUGGCACUCCUGGCACUCCUGGUACUCCUGGAACUCCCGGUUCCCCUGGAACUCCUGGUUCUCCUGGUUCCCCUGGAACUCCUGGUUCUCCUGGAACACCUGGGAACCCUGAAACUCCUGGCACACCUGGUAAUCCAGGUACCCCUGAUAGCCCUGGCACGCCUGAUAACUCUAGUUCUCCUGGCACACCUGGUAGUUCUAGUUCUCCUGGCACAGCAGAACCCUCUGGCACUGAUAGCACCCCUAGUAGCCCGUCAGGUACACCAGGGACCUGUACGGAGGAGGGAUUCUUCCCAGAUCCGCAGAACUGCCGCAAGUUUUAUCGUUGCGUUGGCAGUGAUUCUACGUUUAUUAAAUACGAAUUCGAAUGCGGUGCUGGAACCGUCUGGGAUCAGUCUAUUCAGAGUUGUAAUCAUGAGUCUGCUGUUCCUGAUUGCAAAGGUGGGUCGAUCUCGACUUCUUCUCCAGGCUCUGCAGAUUCUUCCAGCAAUCAAUCUCCCGAUGGAACAACUAGUCGACCAGGUACAAAUCAAACUGAAACAAGCACAGCAUCAUCUGCACCGUCAUCUAGUAGCACAGUACCUGCCCAAACGACUGUUACACAAUCGAGCACUAGCACAAGCACUUCAGAAGCACCUACUUCUACUGUUUCUCCAUCAACCGUGACUUCAUCGAGCAAUUCACCCACUUCCUCGUCGACAAGCCAGUCAAGUUCUACAAGCCCUACAACAAGCCCUAUAACAAGCUCCACAACAAGCUCCACAACAAGCUCUACAACAAGCUCCACAACAAGUUCUACAACAAGUACCACUCCAAGUCCUACAACAACUUCAACAGCAUCGUCCACGGACCAAGGCAGUACAGGCAGUUCUACUAUCAUCGCUGCGGAUACAACCGAAUCUGUACCUCCUGAAAGCACAACUGCAUCCAGCACGCAAUCAACGGCAACUACAAAUCCAUCCUCAGGUUCAUCGGAGUGCACGGAAGAAGGUUUUUACCCCGAUCCAGAGGACUGCCACAAAUUCUACCGUUGUGUCGGCAGCAAUUCUUCGUUCAUCAAGUACGAAUUCCAAUGUGGUGCUGGAACAGCCUGGGACUCCAGUGUGCAAAGCUGCAAUCAUGAAUCUGCUGUGUCAAGCUGUCAAGGUGGAUCCAGCUCGUCCGCAACAGAUUCAUCUUCCAACGAAGUCGAAGGAACUACCAGUCAACCUCCCACCAGCUCAUCGUCUGCACCAUCGUCCAGUAGUCAAGCACCACCGUCUUCGUCGAGCACCCAAGCACCGUCUACUUCAUCGAGCACCCAAGCACCGUCUACUUCAUCGAGCACCCAAGCACCAUCCACUGCAUCGAGCACCCAAGCAACAUCAACUUCAUCGAGCACCCAAGCACCAUCCACUGCAUCAAGCACUCAAGCACCAUCAACAUCAUCGAGCACCCAAACCUCAUCAUCCAGUAGUCAGACAACUGCUACGUCGCCAAGCAGUUCCACCAGCCAACCAUCCAGCAGCCCAUCAACCAUUCCAUCAUCCUCUAGCACAGCAACCACUGCACCACCUAGCAGUUCCUCGGUAGCCUCGUCGACAGCACCGUCUUCGUCUGAACCAAGCACAAGCACUGAAUCCACAACUUCAGGUGUUACAGAAUCAGUUUCGUACCUACCUCCCACAAAUCCAACGAGUGCCACAUCGAGCACUAAAGCUCCUGGAAGCGAUUCAUCGCCAGGAUCAUCCCAGUGCUCGGAAGAAGGAUUCUUCCCGAAUCCAACGGACUGCACGAAGUUCUAUCGUUGCGUGCACAGUGAGAACGGCUUCACGAAAUACGACUUCAGUUGCGCAGAGGGCACGGCCUGGGAUCAGUCUCUCCAAACUUGCAACUAUAUCGAGCAGGUAGCUUCUUGCUCGACGGAGAGCAACGAAAUCGAUCAUGGUCCCACUGGAAGCACACCAUCGUCUGAUUUGACGCCACCGGAUACAGGCUCUAGCCAGACUACGGUUACCACGGCUGCAACCACGGCUGCAACCACAGCUGCAGCUACACCGAGUAGUACACAAUCUGAUACAACCGAAUCGUCAACGUCGAGCCCAGGUUCGAGUACUUCCAGCUCCGAAUCCUCCAGCACGGAACCUGCGAGCACCGAGAGUUCAUCUUCUACCUCUCAAUCGAGCACAGCAUCUUCUUCCAGCGGCUCGGACUGCACCACGAAGGCGCCCAACAACACGAUAGUUUGCGAGAAGGAGGGUUUUUACCCUAAUCCAACGCAAUGCGACAAGUUCUACCGCUGCGUCGACAAUGGAAACGGAUUCAACGUGUAUCAUUUCAACUGUCCACCCGGAACUAUCUUCGAUCCCAGCAUCAGCGUCUGCAACUACCCUGAAUCGGUCUACCCCGCGAGAGACUGCCAGACGUCUUCCUCGACUCCCAGCAGCUCAACCGAAGGUUCUACGACAGAAGCCGAGAGGAUCACCGAAUCUUCGACGUCGACGACAUCCGAGGAGGAACCUACUUCCACAGAAUCGACCACGGAAUCUACGACGGAGGCUAGCACGGAGUCUACGUCGGAAGCUAGCACGGAGUCUACGUCGGAAGCUAGCACGGAAUCUACUUCGGAAGCUGCGUCUGAAUCCACCACGCAAUCUACUUCGGAAACUACCACCCAGUCUACUUCAGAAGCUACCACGGAAUCUACGACAGAAUCGACCACGGAAAGUACUUCUGAAGCUACCACGGAGUCCACGACAGAAUCUACCACGGAGUCCACGACAGGAUCGACUACAGAGUCUACAUCCGAGGCUACCACAGAGUCCACCUCUGAGACUCCGAGCUCCGAGUCCACAACCGAGUCCACAACCGAGGCGACCACCGAAUCUACCUCCGAAGCUGCGUCCGAAUCUACCACAGAGUCUACGUCCGAAGCGACCACGCAGACCAGCACAGAGUCUAGCUCCGAAGCUACCGAGUCAUCUACCGAAUCAACGUCUGAAACGCCUGACAGUACUACAGAGUCUUCGGAGCAGACUACCGAGACCACGGAGUCAACUACUCCGUCUUCGGCGACACCCUGUCCAAUCGGAAACCUAACCGAUGAACAGAUUGUGCUGGUCUGUCCAACCGGUUUCCGAAGGCAUCCGAAAUACUGCAACCUGUUCUACCAGUGUACCAGCGAAGGUAACAUGGAGAUCAAGGUGCUGGUGCUGAGCUGUCCGGAGAACACUGUCUUCGACGAGAAAAGGAUACAGUGUCUGCCUCAGAAUCAGACCAGCCAGGCCUGCGAAGGCACUAUCGCCAGCGGCAGAUUCUACAGAAAAUUGGAGGAGAGUCCUGUGUCACCGAUCAAGGUAUCGACCGAACGACUUUGUCCAGGAGAAGGACAUUAUCCUUACAGGCAAGGCUGCAGCAACACGUUCUACAAGUGCAAACGCGACUCCAGGGACAAUCUUCAAGGUUAUUUGUACAAGUGCCCACAGAAUUUCUUAUACUGGUCGGUGUCGAGAAGAUGCGAACGCGCGACGCGAUUGCUGAUGUGCUCUCACCUGUCUUACAGAACGAAGAGCGAAUACUGGGAUAAUCGAUGGCAAAUACCUGUCGAAGAUUACAAUCUCUCGGCCAGAAGCCUGCGUAUCUUUUAAUCAUGCUUCGACUUGCUAGAAUUUGUUUGAAAGAGACAGUGUAACUCUCAGGUCGUUUUCCGAUAUUGUUUUACGAUUUCUGAGGACGUUAGACAUAGAAGAGAGAAGGGAGUAAUCGAUCGUUAGAAGAUAGAUGAAAUACGUUCGCAACAUGGCUGUGGAAGAUCCUGUGCCGAUAGAUCUUCGGCAGCCAUCUUGUCGUGAUUUAUAAUCAAUUAGAACGGAAUCGCUGGUCCUUUUGGUGACGACGACCAGCGAAUCGAUAUUUUUCAGCAAUUUUUCCCAUCGAACAAUGGAAAAGUUGCUGGAAAAAGCGUUGGGGUUUUGGUUGUGGGACUCGUAUGCAAUACGCAGCUGAAUUCAGUUAUUUAUACUGUCUCUUUGUAUUUAUUAAGCUAAUUGUAUUCGAUCUUGCGUGAGUGUAUAAUGAUUUGCGAACGAUAGAAAGACAUAGUGACAUGAAAUUUUCACAGAAGAAUACGCUUGGACGCGAGGAAAUUUGUUUGUUGACCGCGGAAAUCGGUGUUCGCAGACUCAGCGCCAUUUUCUGAAUACAGUACAAAGUAUCAGUAGCCUUGGAAAGACGAUCGUGUACAUAAUUGCAGUUUAAUGAUGCUAAUCAUUGCUUCCUCUAACGAAAACGCUGCAGACCUUUCUUAACGUCGCUCCGCAACGUCGAGAUUGCGAGACGACGUCGGUGCUAGAUACUUAAAUGUCGAAAAUAAGGAAGUUCGACGGAUUCCACGUAAUUUAGAGUAGAUUAUUAUACAGUAUAAUUGUCGAAUUGUGCAUGAGUACCGAGUGCGUUUGUAUUAGAUCUCUUUACGAACUGAUAUAAAUAAACGGUAAGAUUCUCAA